AUGUCCGACGAAGUGGAAAUCAAAACCUAUUUCAAGCUGGUGGACGUAGUCAAGUGGAUAGGAAUAACACAAUUUGAAAUUUUGUUAAAUAUGCUCGCCUUUCUGGUGUUCAGCAUCAUUUUGACGGUAAAAGUAACUAGCGGAGCACUGGCUGGCCCUACCAGUACCAGCGAGUGGCUUGUAAUGUUUUCACCACUGUUUUGCGGAGAUUUUUGUAAUGCUUAUUUUUGCGUUAUCGUCGGCAUUCGCAUGUAUCUAGGCAACAAACACCGGCAAGCGAUGCACCGGUUAUCUUGGAGUGUACACUUUUUGCUGCUGACCGCUGGAUUCAAAUACCUAGUGUGUAUGAAACUGUCCGGCCAGAGUGGGCUAGAGUAUAGCGAAGUGUUUUCGCCGAUAUUCGUUCUGCUGCAGUUGAUCGCGGUUAAAGCUUGCCAGUUCAAGCAACAAUCGUAAUGUGGCAUGUAGUUCGGUUCUGGAGUGAGGUUGUGUUUAAUUAAAUGAAAGAUUAAAGUGUGACUGCUGAAAGUGCGAACGCUA